AUGGGUGUUGGCCUUGGCUGUCUAAAGCCCUCCCUGCUGCCAUCCCCGCUUGCUGCCGGCAGCAUCGCCAGCUCUGGGAGUCAUUUCCCGGCCCAUCUGCGGGGCGAGGGCGCGGGGGGCGAGGAGGCGGCGGCAGGAAGCAGCUUGGCUAACAUCCCGUUGACUCCGGAGACCCAGCGGGACCAGGAGCGGCGGAUACGCAGGGAAAUCGCGAACAGCAACGAGAGACGGCGGAUGCAGAGCAUCAAUGCUGGCUUCCAGUCUCUGAAAACCCUCAUCCCACACACGGACGGGGAGAAGCUCAGCAAGGUGGCCAUCCUCCAGCAGACGGCCGAGUACAUCUUCUCCCUGGAGCAGGAGAAGACUCGGCUACUGCAGCAGAACACCCAGCUCAAGCGGUUCAUCCAGGAGUUCAGCGGCUCCUCCCCAAAACGGCGACGGGCAGAGGACAAAGACGAGGGAAUCGGCUCGCCGGACAUCUGGGAGGAUGAGAAGGCCGAGGAUCUGCGGCGGGAGAUGAUCGAGCUCCGGCAGCAGCUGGACAAGGAGCGCCCCGGCCGCAUGGUGCUGGAGGAGCAGGUUCGCUCCCUGGAGGCCCACAUGUACCCCGAGAAGCUGAAGGUGAUCGCUCAGCAAGUGCAGCUCCAGCAGCAGCAGGAACAGGUGAGGUUGCUGCACCAGGAGAAGCUAGAGCGCGAGCAGCAGAUCCGAACCCAGCUCCUGCCAUCACACGUUCCCCCAGCGCCCACCCACCACCCCACCGUGAUCGUUCCAGCGCCGCCUCCCUCCCAUCACGUCACCGUGGUCACCAUGGGCCCAUCCUCGGUCAUCAACACAGUCUCCACAUCCCGGCAAAACCUGGACACCAUCGUUCAGCUGCGGCAGACAGCGAGGGAGCAGCCUGGGUGA